AUGUGGAAAAGGAUAAUUUCAUUCGUAUUCUAUCCACUUGUAUUCAUAAUAAUUUUACUAUUAGUAAUAGGCAUACAUAUUACAACAUCUAAUUCAGGAAUCAUCCCUCUAGAAAGCACUCCAACGCAAUAUAAUCUCACGACAAACCCAAAUUUCAUUGUACACCUUUCCGAUACACAUGUAUCACCGUGCUAUGAGACAGAGAGUCGCCUGCAAACAACUCUUUCGAUUAUUUCCCAGAAAAUAAGUCCAGACGCCGUGAUUUUAAGUGGCGACAUCACGGACAACUAUGUUGGCUGCAAACUCCCGACAUACUCAGAACCAACGCUUGUACAUUGGCAGGGCUACGAGAGAGCCAUCAAUGCUUCAGGUAUUGAUAGAGGCUUGCUCUUUGAAGUCCUUGGAAACCACGAUAUGUGGGGAAUUGCAUCAUUCUCGGAAAACGAAUAUGCCGCAAAAUUUACAAACACUUUUUCAGCGUCUUCCUUUUACUCUUUCUCGAAAACAUACAAUGGACUGAGAGUAGUAGGCUUUCAGCCACAAGAUUUCCCUACAGGCCAUGGACCGCAUUUCUUCGCGCCAGUCUAUAAAUCUAAAAUGAUUGAAGCAUUAAAAUCUCAGUUAGAAAAAAGUGACAAUGAAAAAUUUACUAUCGUAGUUAGUCAUUUUCCACAAGAAACUGUCAUGAAUUUCAAUGCAAAAACCGAAUCAAAAGAAACCUUUAAGUCAUUACUCAAGAAACAUAACGUUGUUGCUCAUUUAACUGGUCAUACCCAUCCAUUACAGCCAGAAGUGAAGCAUAACAAGCAGAACUACGUUGAAUUCACAUCAACACCCCUAAAGAUCGUUCCGGGCUUCAAUAUCCUUACAGUUGACCAUGGAUAUGUCAAUUAUGAGUUCCAAGUCUUGAAUAACUCCAAAGAUUAUGCAAUACUUACAUCUCCAGGACCCACAAAAUCCCAGAAAACUGUACUAAAUACCAAGAAAAUCCCAAUCAGAGUUUUAUCUUUUUCGAAUUCAAGGGAAAAACAGUUCAUGGUGUCCGGAUCAGCUAAAGGAACACUUACUUUUCAGAGAUUCAUCAAAGAAAACGUCGCAUUGUACUCCCUUGACGCAGAAUUCGAAAAUGGCAAGAAUAACAUUACAAUUUCAGGAGAUUUAGACUACUACUGCGAAUUUUACGUCGGAGAACAAGCCGGACCAUUCAGAGAAAAGCGCGCUCUCAAUGUCCAAAUGUGGUGGAUAAUUUUAGCGGCAAUUUUCCUUUACGUUUACUUAGUUCCUAUCCUUGUAUCAUUCUGGUUCAAAGCUGGCAUCAAAACAUACCUUUCCUGCAUUCUUUUCGGACCAAUCAAGAUUGGAAACGUUGUUAAGAAGACAUGCAUAUGGUAUAGAUGCCUUUUGACUUUCUUUUUCAUAUGGCCAUUCUUUUUACCGACAAUGAUCUACAAAACGCAAGGAAAAAUAUCAAUGAUUUGGACUUGGGGAAUUGUUGUCGACGGAAAAACGAAUUUUGACGUUUUUUCAUUGUGCGUUACCAUGUUCUACCACGCAUCAGUGUUUGUAGUCAUGCUGGACGUUGCUAUGAUCAUUGUCAGAAGAAAUUUCAAAUUUUAUAAGAUAAUUAUUGAUAUUUUGAUAGAUAUUGUUUUGCUUUGCGGCGGAUACUGUGUUUGGUUCAAGUUCGGACGCGACAUGGGCUACAAAGCCUAUUGGAUUGAUUCAUUUGUUUUUGUUUUGAUUCCAAUCGGAUUUGUGAUCGCUACUGUCUUCGAAUUUAGGUACCACAGAAAGAGAAAUGCAGAAAAUAAGAUAAUGAGUGAGACAGAUACAAUGUCCCCUCUUGACCAAACUUAG